AUGAACCUUUGGCACUACCUACUCUUAUGCUCGAUAUCCAUCCCUCUGUGGAUCGUUCUAUACUACCUCGUUCCCUACUUGACGACCUACACCCACCUCCGCCGCAUCCCCGGACCCUUCAUAGCAAGUUUCAGCAACUUGUGGCUAGCCCACCACUCCCGCAAAGGCCAAAGAUACGCCGCCGUCCACUCAGCCCACAAGCGAUACGGCACUCUUGUCAGAAUCGGCUACAACCACAUCUCCAUCGCAGACGAACGCGGUAUUCAAGUUGUGUACGCACAUGGCAAUGGCUUCCUCAAAGACGUCUUCUAUGAGGCUUUUGUGAGCGGUGUGCCUGGUGUGUUUAGUACAAGAGAUCGCGCACAACAUACCCGCAAGCGAAAGAUUGUCGCGCAUGCAUUUUCGCCGGGUGCGGUGGUUGCGUUUGAGUCGCAUAUGGCGGAGAACCUUGAGCGAUGGGUGAAACAGUUGGAUAAGCUUGCUGCUGNNAAGGGGGGUGAGGAUGGGUUUGCGACAAUGAAUAUGAUGCCUUGGUGCACAUACAUCGCUUUCGACAUCAUCGGAGAUCUGGCUUUUGGAGCUCCGUUCGGAAUGGUAGUAAAAGGUCGUGAUGAGUGUGAAUCGCAAGUCCGGCCAGGGGGACCCGUCGUCAUCACUCACGGCGCAGAAACCUUGAAUCGGCGUGGUGAGGUGUCAUCGACAUUGGGUUGGUUGCCCGCACUACGGCCCUUCGCAAGAUACCUGCCUGAUCCCUUCUUCACCAAAGGCAUACAAUCAGUGCAAAAUCUGCAUGGCAUCGCUUCCAUGGCAGUAUCAAAGCGUCUCGACGACACCUCGAAGCAAGAUCAGAACAAGCGCCACGAUAUCCUCGCUCUGCUGCUCAAAAGCAAGGGUCCUGAUGGUUUACCCAUGCAGCGCAACGAGCUGAUCUCUGAAUCCCUCACGCAGUUGAUUGCAGGUAGCGAUACCGUAUCCAACACCUCGUGUGCAAUCAUCUACUGGAUCUUGGCUGGCGAGCGGGAUGCACCAGGUACUGUUCUUCCUCGCUUGCAGCAUGAGCUAGAUGCUGCGAUUCCAGACAGAGACGCUAUGGCAACGCACAACCAAGUCAAGAACCUGCCAUUCUUGCGCCGCUGUAUAGAUGAGGGCAUGCGCUUGCACUCGACAUCUGCAACAGGGCUGCCGAGGAUCGUGACUUCGCCUUCAGGCGUAUGGUUCGAUGAUACGCAUUUUCUUUUUGGAACGGUGUUGAGUGUGCCUAGCUACUCCGUGCACCACGAUGCGUCCAUUUGGGGCGCCGAUGUUGGGCCAUUCAACCCAGACCGCUUUCUGCCCGAAAAUCUUACCAGCAGGCAGAAAUUGGCAUUCAAUCCUUUUAGCUAUGGGCCUAGGGCUUGCGUAGGUCAAAACGUUGCGCUGAUGGAGUUGUCAUUGAUUGUGGGAACGCUGUUCAGACGCUAUGAUCUUGUGUUGGAGCAGAAGGUAUUGGAGUGCACCGAAGGCUUCUCGAAGAAACCAGUGGAAUGUUGGGUUCGGAUCAAGCGGAGAGUGUGA